GUCGCUGGUUCCCGCUCAGGGAGUGCCCAGGCCCCACCGGCCUCCGAUGCAUAUGCGGCUCGCUGGCUUUCUCAUCCGUGCCCAUCGGCGCGACCUGCUUCGUGAAGCACCCGGUGCGGAAGGCUCGGAAGCCAGAGGAGCAGCCUGGCGUCGGGCGUCAGCGCCCGCUGCUGCAGACGGUGGCGCAAUUCGGGCCCCUGCGGGAGAUGGCUGCCCUGAUGCUGAGGCCGCCGCUGCGGUGCGAGACGUAGAUCGCAAGUGCAUAGGCGAGCGCAUCGCGGAGCUGGAG